AUACAAGAACAAACUUCCAUGUAUUCACAACGGUAAGCCUACUUUUGCCCACCCUGGACAGAGCGGCCAUGUCCCACCACUAGCUCUGCAUGUCAUUCCCUGAUUACUACCGCUGUGACCGUGGGCACAUUCACUUCCCUUUGCAUUAGGUUUUUUAAAAUCUUUAAAAUGGGGAUAAAUAGGCCUUCCACAGUGUUGUGAGGAGGAAAUUAAAGUACAUGAAACAAAGGCAUAGUACUUGUUCACAUAGUCAAAGCUCAGUAAGUCUUAACUAUUAACAUUUUAAAAACUGUUCCUCACGUGCGUUGUUAACGAGAUUGGAGAGAUGUGUCUAAGGUAGAACUUACAGGCUUAGUUCGUGUUCAGCUAUAGAACAAAGAAUACUUGAAGUUUCAAGGCAAGAGCCAUCUAUAGAGGUGACCUAACAGGCGUGAAAGUAAUUUAAGGGAGGUGGGGGUAGGAAGUACAGGAUUAAGUUCUGAUUUUGAGGAGGGGCACACAGGAGAGGACAUGGUGCUAGUAAGUAGGAAUGAAAAGAAGAAAGGAGUCAGUCCUAGGAUAUGAUGGGCACCAGAGUGGUACAAUAGCAUGUGAACCAGCAGGAUGGGUGGUGAUGGUUAACAUGGUGGGCUGCUGAAGGAAGCUGAAAAAGCAACUGUGUUGAUAUUAGUGUUGAUUCAACCAGCAGAAGUGAAUGUGGCGCCUUCUAUGGGCCAGGCGCUGUAAAUGCAGAAAAGAAUUAGAUACCUACUCUGCACUCCCAACAGCAGAAAAUCUAAAGGCGGCAGAAGACAUGGAAGUAAUUUAAUACAUGCAGCAACUUAAAAAAUGACCAGCAUUAAGACAAUGGCCAAGAACAAAUGGAAAGGGCAGAAGCCCAGGAAUGUAUUUCACAUAGCCAGCCAGAAACACUUCACGGGGAAAAGUAAAGCAAAACCAGUUACCACGAAUCUUAAGAAGGCUCUUCAGCCGAGUCAGGAAAACAGACCAGUGAAUGUUGACGAAGCUACGAGAUUAAUGGCUCAGUUGUAAUGCACCUGGUGAUGCAUCAGAUUCCCCCAAAGACCAAUAAAUGCUUUAUACAACUUUA